AUGCAACAAAACGGUUACACAGUACUUUUUGAGCAGAGAAUUAACAGUAGAGGUAGCAAGGCAUCGAAUCUUAUUCAGAAAGUCAACGGCUGGCGAAGUCAACGCGGAGGUUCCUGUUUAAGUUACGGACACUCGUGCUGGGGAGCCCACGGAAAGCGUUCAGGCAGAGCUCCCUCUUCCGCUCCCGACUGGUACAUCACUAGGAUUCUACGACGCAUGGCAGCUAACAAUAAUAUGAACCGAGCCCAAAAUGUUGAAGACCAGAACGAAAACGACAUCUACCGAGUGGAAGAUAACGCAACAUCCAACAAGAUUAUAAGCGAGAACGAGGAGGUCCCAAUGAUAUUUAACGCGAGAACUGCAGAAGCUAAACCAAUGCUGGAUGAUGAUACGCUGUCCAGGAUGAAGUUUUGGCAAAUCAUGAGAGCAGCAUCAGAAGAAAACUGAACUAGCCAAAUGGACUGACCCUUUAUUUAACCAAAUCGUAAUCGUUUCGUUUAAUACUCCAUGAUUGAGUCAAUUUACAAGGCUGGGUUGUAAUUGACUUUGUAAUAUAUAGAAUAAGUAUGUUUAACAAAGAUUUAAUAUCGAAAUUCAUUUGAUUUUAAUAUCAAUUUUUUUAAACGUUUACAAGUAUUUGGACAUAGACAAUGAUUUAUUGUAUUUAAUUUUAUUUUUUUUCUCUUCUUUAUUAACAAAUCAACCCUUUAAUACAGAAACUUUUUAAAAUAUGUUCGACAAUGUUUUUUUUUAUGUACCACACCUACGAGUUCUCAAAAUUUCUGUUACAUAAGCUAUGUCCAUUAUGAAAUAAUUUUUCUUUAAAAAUUGUUAUAAACGGAAUUAAAAAAAUACGCUUUGGCUCAAUUUACUAAAAUUCAUUUUAGAAAAUAGAUUAGAAAAGAAAUUGUAUUAACAAGUAAUUUAAUAGAAAGCAUAUGUUUCAUUGUUGGUGUUGAUUAAUAAAAGCCUGUACUAUAUACCGCAUAUUCAUUUAAA